GCACCUCCCACCUCCCAGCCAAAAUGUGCUGACUUCCAGAACGCCAACUUUCUCCGAGGCACCAACCUGAAAGUCCAGUUUCUUCUCUUCACCCCUGCAGAUCCCAGCUGUGGGCAGCUAGUAGAAGAAAGCACUGACAUCCAAAGCUCUGGGUUCAAUGCCACUCUGGGAACCAAACUAAUUAUUCAUGGAUUCAGGGCAUUAGGAACAAAGCCUUCCUGGAUUGAUAAAUUCAUCAGUGUCCUCCUGAGUGCAGCGGACACGAACGUGAUUGCUGUGGACUGGGUUUACGGGUCUACUGGUCUAUACCCCUCAGCUGUGGAAAACGUGGUGAAACUCAGCCUGGAGAUCUCUCGUUUCCUCCAUAAACUCCUGGCGUUGGGUGUGUCAGAGUCUUCCAUCCACAUCAUUGGUGUGAGCCUGGGGGCCCAUGUGGGGGGCAUGGUGGGACACUUCCACAGAGGCCAGUUGGGACGGAUCACAGGCCUUGAUCCCGCUGGACCCGAAUACACCCGAGCCAGCCUGGAGGAGCGCCUGGAUGCCGGAGAUGCCCUCUUUGUGGAAGCCAUCCACACAGACACUGACAACCUAGGUAUUCGGAUUCCCGUUGGGCACGUGGACUACUAUGUCAAUGGAGGACAGGACCAACCUGGCUGUCCCACGUUCAUUCAUGCAGGUUACAGUUAUCUGAUCUGUGAUCAUAUGAGGGCUGUGCAUCUCUACAUCAGCGCACUGGAGAAUUCCUGCCCACUGGUGGCCUUUCCCUGUGGCAGCUACAAGGCCUUCCUGGAUGGACAGUGUCUGGAUUGCUUUAACCCUUUUCUCCUUUCCUGCCCAAGGAUAGGACUGGCAAAACAAGAAGGUAUCAAGAUAGAGCCACUUCCCAAGGAAGUGAGAGUUUACCUGCUGACCACUUCCAAGGCCCCAUACUGUGUGCAUCACAGCCUUGUGGAGUUCCACUUGCAGGAGCCAAGAAAAAAAGACACCAUCCUGGAAGUCACCUUCCUCAGCAGCAACAGCACCUCCUCCAUCAAGAUUACCAUACCUAAGCAGCAAUCCCAGGGGAGAGGAAUCCUAGCCCACCCCAAUCCACAGUGCCAGAUAAACCAGGUGAAACUCAAGUUUCAGGCUUCCGGGGGCAUGUGGAAAAAAGAUCGGACAAGCACUAUUGUGGGAAGCUUCUGCACCUCCCUUCUGCCUCUGCAUGACAGUAAAAAGACAGUCUGCCUACCUGAGCCAGUGACCUUACAGGCCAGCGUGGCUGCUUUCCGUGAGCUGAAAAUAGCCUGUGAAGAGUAGAUGCCUGAACAGGACCUGGCUCCCUGGAUUUCCUCCCCUCAAGGACUUUCAGUGACGGAUGUCUCUUUGUGUAUUUUAUUCUGGAUGGUUCAUACCAAGGAGGAAGGCCACAAUCUUGAUUGUUUUCCAACUGUGGAGGGGAGGAAUGACUCGUUUUACAGAAUGUGGUUCCCACUGCAGCGUGGAGAGCCUGACACAGAUAGCAUUUUGCUUCCCCUUCCACGUGUGGCUGCCAUUGCCUCCUGACCGAGGGCAUCCAGAGCAGCAGGAGCAGAACACUUUGUAACAAAACUUGGUGGGUCACUGGAGUCCUUUCAUUGUCUCUUUGGAGUGUAAUAUUCUGCUACAUGCAUGCCCCCUCCAAAUGAGACUUGUAGGCUGUGGGAUUGGAGAACACAUCGGAAUUAAAUGAUCUGCACUGAAA